AUGGGGAACGAAGCGAGCGCGGAAGGGGCCGAAGGGGGGCUCGCUGGGCUACCAGCGGGUCUCGCGCCUGACGGCAAGGGAGGCUUCGCGGAGGCGGACCUCAGCCAUCUGAGCGAGGACGAGAGGAAGCAGCUCGUGGCCGCGAUGGCCAAGGCGCAGUCCAGGUCAUCAGAGCCUCAGCCAUCUGGAGCGCGAGGUCCGUCUGGGCUCAGUAAGAGUCGGACUGUAGACGCAUUUGGAGAGGGACCACCCCCCAAACCAAAGCCUGGCCGCAGCCCCUCAUCCCUGAGUCUCCUCGAGUCCCGCUUCAGGCAGGAGCCCAAAGACCCUGAGCAGCCCCGCACUGGCAUGUUCUCUUCUUCUUUCCUGAGCGGGGCAAACCCCCUUAGUGCUGUCUCUUCAGCUGUCUCCUCUGCCAGCAUCCCCAAGUUUGGCCUAUUUGGGGAUGAUGAGGAGGAUGAGGCAGCCAAGCAGGGAGCAAAACCUCCUGGCCCCCAGGCUGGCGCAGGGAAGGGUCCCCCUCAGCAGGGCCCACCUAAAGGACAAGGACCACCCCAGCAGAAACAGGGAGCGCCACCACAGGGGCCUGGAGGAAAGCCUGCUGGUCCUGGUCCCCAGCAGCAAGGACCCAAACCUGGUGGCCCUGGGCCACAGCAACAAGGACCCAAACCUGGUGGGCCUGGCCCUCAACAGCAAGGACCCAAGCCUGGUGGUCAUGGGCCUCAACAGCAAGGACCCAAACCUGGUGGGCCUGGGCCUCAACAGCAAGGACCCAAGCCUGGUGGGCCUGGGCCUCAACAGCAAGGACCCAAACCUGGAGGCCCUGGACCCCAGCAACAAGGGCCUGGUAAGCCAGUUCCAGGAGGCCCAGGCAAACCCACUGGGCCACGGCAAGGCCCUGAUGGGCCUGCAAAGCCUGUACCUCAGCAGCAGGGUCCAUCAGCAAGCCCAAGUAAAGGUGGGCCUUCUCCAGGGAAGGCUGCUGGAGCGCUGUGUCCUCUUUGUAAAACCACUGAGAUGAACUUGCAGGCCAAAGACCAGCCGCCCAACUACAGCUCCUGUACACAGUGCAAACAACAGGUGUGCAGUCUGUGCGGCUUCAGCCCUCCUGAUUCAGCGGGUAAAGAGUGGCUGUGCCUGAACUGCCAGAUGCAGCGAGCAAUGGGGGGCAUGGAACCCCCUGGCCCCCCAAUGAUGAAACAGCCUCCCAAGCAGGGCUCAGCCCCUCCAUCACCACAGAGAAAGGAACCACCACCUGGAUCACCUGCCAAGGAUGAGCCAGGAAAGAAGCCUCCAAUGCUGAGCAAGCAGCAGAGCAUUGGUGACACAGGGAAGGGAGCCACUCCUCCAGCGACUCCCAAACAGAAGUCUCCUGGUCCAGGGCCACAGCAGCAACAGCAAGGAUCUCCUAAAGGGCCUCAGGGAGCUCAGCCUGGAGCUCCAGGGUUAAAACGUGGACAGCAGCCACCUCCACUUCAGAAACCUGCACAGAGUCCUAAGGGUAGUCCCCAACCCUCUCCUGCAAAAACCACCCCAAAGCAGGACACAGGUGGCUUUUUUGGGGGGUUUGGUCUUGGAGGGUUGACGGACGUGAAAGCCCCCGCAGCGGAGUCGGUUACAGGGAAGUUAUUUGCUGGUUUUGGCAGCUCAUCCAAACCGCAAGGUGGCACUGCAGCGCAGGCCAGCGAGUCAGUUACUGGGAAGCUCUUCAGCGGGUUCGGUGGACUGACCGAGGCAGCCAAGCCACCAGCAGCCGCUUCUCAGGCAUCCGAUGGCGUAUCAGGAAAAAUGUUUGGGUUUGGGUCUUCUAUACUUAGUUCAGCCACCAAUCUCAUCACCGGGGAGGACCCAAAGUCUCCCCCAGAGUCACCCCCAGGAUCCCCACCUGAUUCCCCCAUUGAUUCUGGUGCAGACUCCCCUCCGGGAUCUCCUCCAGACUCAGGCUCAGAAUCACCACCUGACACCCCACCUGCCUAUUCCAAAGAGCCAGCCUCUCCCAAACCCAGAGCCACUGAAGGGAAGGCCCCAGCAGAUAAACCCACAGUGGAGCCUGCAAAAGCAGAAGAACCACCUGCUCCAGCCCCAGGUUCAGCAGCCCAUUCCUCCUGUCCACUCUGUAAAGUGGCACUGAACAUUGGAUCAGGAGAUGCGCCCAAUUACAGCACCUGUACAGAGUGCCAGAAGACUGUAUGUAACCUGUGUGGCUUCAACCCCAUGCCGCAUCUAUCAGAGAAAGAAUGGUUAUGCCUGAACUGCCAGACCCAACGGGCUCUUUCCGGACAGCUUGGGGAUAUGCCUCCACCUUCUCCUUCCAAGCUGCCAGCUAAAUCCCAACCUACCCCUCCAUCUUCCCCAGCCCGAGUCUCCUCUGCCCCUUCAUCCCCUGCUCCCACUGCCACUGCUAUCCCUGCCAAAGGACUCACAAGGACCCCCAGUGUAACUCAGGCUCCUGCUGACAAGUCUGAACUUGUCUCAGCCACAGUUGAUGCUAAAUCUCUAGUAGAGUCAGCUGCAGUGAAAGGCGUUGAGGCACAGGCAGUACUGGAAAGCACACAGAAGACAGAUGUUGCUGUGCCUGCAAAAGACAAAGAGCUACUGAAGGAGCCUGGUGAGAAAGAUGGAGUCAAUCAAGAGUGCAGUCCCACCAGCCCUUCAGAUUUGGCCAAGUUGGAGAGCACUGUACUUCCAAUACUUGAGGCUCAGACAUCACCUUCUAAAGAUGAAUCACAAAGUGACACGAUGAAGACCAGACGCCGACUGGAGGUGCUCCCAAUGUCUCCAGAUCUCAGUUCAGAGGAAGACAGAUUUGGUGAGGAUCAAGAACAAAAGGAUGGUACUGCAGACCGUAAAAAAGAAAGGAAAAAGCUACUUGUGCCAGCAGACAUUCAAGGAGAGUUUUUGGAGGACAGCAGUGAGGGAGAAUCUUCACCUAUCGUUGAGAGAAAAAAGAAACUUAGUGAAGAAAAGAAUUUAGGAGGAGAAAGUCCAGGUUCUGCAGAUGACGAAGAGUUUAUUCGAAAGCAGAUUAUGGAAAUGAGUGCUGAUGAGGAUGCAUCACCAUCUGAUGAAGAAAACCUUAUCAGGAAAAAAAUCAAGGAUCAUGAAAAGAAGCAACUGGAAAGAGAUUCCAAGAAAGAAAUCAAAGAGAAGAGUGAGUCAGGCAAGACAAGACGUCUUCUCAAAAAGAGUAGUGUCAGUCCUGAGGAUGAGCCAGACCGUAAAAGUAUCAUUUCUGUGGCCAAAAUUGAGGAACUAGAUAAAGGGGAGCAGCCUUUUCCAGACAAUGAGGCUGGCAUUCGACAUUUUAAAACUAUCGAACUCAACAGUGUUGCCACUGUUCGGCAGGCUUCAGAUGAUGGUGAACCAGAGAGCCUUACAGACUCCCCUGAUGAUAAAUCCAGAGGUGAAGGUUCUUCAAGCUUGCACGCUUCCAGCUUUACUCCAGGAACAUCUCCAACCUCCCUCUCUUCACUUGAUGAAGACAGUGACAGCAGCAGCCCAAGCCAUAUUCGGUCCAGUGGUGAGGGCAAGCAGCACAGGAAAGCCAAGCACCGGCAACCGGGACAAAUGCUACCCACUAUUGAAGAUUCAUCCGAAGAAGAAGAACUGCGUGAGGAAGAAGAGCUUCUGAAAGAACAAGAGAAGCAGAAGAGCUCUGGGAAGAAAUCAAAAAAGGACAAAGAGGAAAUACGUGCACAGAGAAGGAGAGAGCGGCCAAAAACUCCACCAAGUAACCUCUCACCGAUUGAAGAUGCUUCUCCAACAGAGGAGCUGAGGCAAGAAGCAGAGAUGGAGGAAAUCCGAAGAUCUUCUUGCUCAGAUUUCUCUCCAAGCAUGGAUUCAGACCCAGAGGGUUUUGAGAUUCUUCCAGAGAAAAUUGCUGCUGUCCAAAAAGUGUAUCAGCUGCCAACUUCAGUCUCCUUGUAUUCUCCAACAGAUGAGCAACAUGCUGAUAAUCAGUCAAAAGAAAAUAAGGAAAAACGACCUUUGAAAACUGCAGAUGAAGCAUAUGAGGAAAUAAUGCUGAAGGCAAAAUCUCCAACUACAGAGAGAGAGGAACUUCCACCAGGGAAAGAGUCUCUUUAUGGUGGAAUGCUGAUUGAAGACUACGCUUAUGAGUCCUUGGUUGAAGAUGUAUAUGUGGAGCAGGAACCAGACAAAAUUUCUGUUCCAGAAAAAGCUAGAAAGCUGAGAUCUCCUGAUGAAGUAUAUGAAGACAUGAUGCAGAAAAAGAAAGAUAUGCUGCUAAAAGAGCAGCAGCUGAAAAAAGAUCAGACCAUAAAAGAAACCUCCAAACCAGAAAUCAUGCUUCCCCCAUCUGACACCAAAAGAGACACCGUUUCCUCAAGUAUCUCUGCCCAGUCAGGCAAGGAUGGGAAACCAUUAUUAGAUGCAGAGGAAGCAUAUGAGGAACUUAUGAAAAAACAUAGAGCUGUUCUGACACCAGGCACCAGCCCAACCCAAUCUGUUCCUGAUUUGAAUGAUGCAGCACAGCAAAUGACAGUAACUUCUUCAGAAAAAAUAGAUGAUGUUCCUCCAAGAAGAAUUCUCCCUAUACCUGAUCUGAGGGUGACGCAGUGCUCCUCAGGUGAAGAGGAAUCUGGAGAGGAGAGCACUGUAGAUCAAAAACAGGACACUGAAAAAGGUUCAGUUCCUGUAUCAAUGUCAACAGAUACUACAGUGGCUGAGCCAACAUCAUUUGAUACUGAGGUACCUCAUCAAGCACCAGUUGCUUCUCCAGCUUCAGAGCCUGUAACAGAGUCUGCUGUAUCAAGGGAAGAAGCACCAUCAAAACCACUACCACCACAAGAUGCCAUAGUUGAAGCAGUUGAGACUUUCCAGUCUGAUGUUGUUGACUUGUCAAAGUCUUCAGCCUCUACUCAAAUAGAUGCUUCCCCUAUUCCAAUUCAUAGUGUAGUUUCUAGACCUUCUGUCCCAGUUGCAUCACCUUUACCCACUGUACCACAGUACACUCCAACAGUACCUAGUGUAAUAUCAACUGCACCACCUGUUCCUCCCAAACCAGUGGUUCUACGUAGAGCUGUGUCUCAGGAAAGAGCAGACAUUCCUGUUCCCCCACCCCUACCACCUCCUACUCUCCCCAAGCCUACUGUUUAUCCCAAAAAGAUUCCACCUCAGGUUCCCCAAAGAACAGUUCCAACUACAGUCCCUAGACAACCUAUGGCUCCAACAUAUAAGCCCCAUGUUCCUCCUCCUGUGCCUCCAAAGCCAUCUUCAAUCCCUGCAGGCCUGACAUUCAGUCACAGACCAGGAGAGUCUGUGAAGCCACCCAUAGCUCCAAAGCCCAUGUCAAGUGCCCAAGCAUCUUCUUCUGCAUAUGCUCCACCAAGACCAAACAUCCUCCCCACAGACACUGUAGAAGGUGCUUUGAAUCUGAGUCCUUCAGCUGAAACUAAGACAGGGACUACUUCACCAAUCAAGUCGCCUACAUCCCCUAGGUUUGGCAAAAGUUUACAUGACACUUAUGUGGUUAUUACUCUUCCAUCUCAGCCUGGUUCACCCAUAGAAGGUGUGACAACCCAAGCCCCAACAAGUUUUGACCUCACUUCACCCAGCAAACAAGCUCCUACACAGCUCCAAACUCAGGCACAGGUGCAACCACCACCACAGUCACAAACAACUAGGGUUCCAUUAGCAUUUACACGAAUUACAGAAUCCAUAGAAAGCCAAGAAAUAUGUGGUCCAGAGAAGGUAGUUUCAAGCAUGAGUCAUGUCUAUGAGGCUAUUUCAGCUUCACAGCCUUCAUCAGUCAUUCCAAAUGUUGGUGUCCAGGUAGUUACUACUGAAGUCCAAAGGACAACAGUGUCAGUUGUGCAUGAAAGAACAGCACCACCACUUCCUACUCCUAGAGCCACUGGGGUACCAGUUGUUCCUGAAAAUUUGAAACCUCAGUCAGUACAAGCACAGAAUGGUCAAGCCUAUCAUCCUGGAGAGGUUGUUGACCUGCGCACUCCAAAAGUUGAUGCAGAAACUGCUAUGAAAGGUAUGGAUCUGUCAUCAUCUGAGUCACGACGGCAGUCCCUCCUUGCUGAUGGCAGUGGGCGGCAACAAAGUGCCGUUCAGUCAUCAGUUAUGAAUCUGAGCACAGAUACUUCCUCAGUGUCUGUUGUAACUGACAGCAUCACCAUCCUCACUUGUACAGCUACUAUAGCAUACAGCAACAGUGAUCUUUCUCAGGCCACCUCAAUGCCUCUUCAGCUUACAACAGCUAAAUCUUUUGAACCUGUUUCCCAAAUUAUUUAUCGUCCUGUUGACUCUCAACCAGAAAAACCUAUCAAUCUCUCCACAACUGUGGGCAAAACUCAUCCUGUUCCUGUGACAUUAGCCCCCACAAUUGCAAGCAAUGGCAUUAGCACAAGUAUUCCACCUCGACUGGAAACUUGUGUAUCUGGUGCUGUUGACCUCACUACUAUGAAGCCAGUGCAAACCAUGGUGUCUGUAGAUGGUUCCACUUCAGAAGUGGUCAUGGCAGUGAUCACAGAGGAUGAUGGCAAACCAGUAGACCUUACAGCAGGAAGACGGGCAGUCUGUUGUGAUGUUGUCUACAAGCUUCCGUUUGCAAGUAGCUGUGCCACUCAACAGCCUUCAGCUCCAUUGCCAGAGGAUCGUUUUGGCUACAGGGAUGACCACUACCAAUAUGAUCGCUCCCCAUAUGGAAUGAGAGGACUUGGUGGAAUCAAGCCCUCAAUGUCUGACACAAAUUUGGCUGAAGCUGGCCUCUUUCUAUACAAAAGUAAGAAUAGCUAUGAUUACAACGGGGCAAUGGAAGGUGCUGUAGACCUAACCUCUGGAAAGAUGUCUGUGGCAGGUGAAGCUGUGGACUACUCAAGCAAAGCCACGGGAGUGUAUUCUGGACUUACAAUUCCACCAUUCUCUCAGGCCAGAAUAACUUCUACAGUUGGAACUCACUUUGGAGUUCCUAGUGUCCUGAGAUCUUCAAAUGGAGUGGUUUACUCCUCUGUAGCAGCACCAGUUCCUUCCACAUAUGCUAUAACUACUCAACCUGGAUCUAUCUUCAGUAUGACAUACAACACUCUGUCAGGCAUGCAUACUAGUGACACAAUGCCAUCAUUGUCAAAUCUGCAGAGUCGGCCACUCACAAGAUCACACAGCUUCCUCUCCACAAUUGCUGUGACUACAGCAGAGAACGAAGAAGACAUGCCCUUGAAUCUGGAGACAGGUGUCUCUAAGGAUAUUUUUUCGACAGGCCUCUCAGAAGUACCUCCUACUGUAACCACAGUAGCAGCACUAGACUACACAGAUGCCUCACUGGAAGCUAUUGCAGCUUCACUAGAGGCUCUGUCUUCCCCCAUGGUUCCAGGUGAUGAACAGUAUCAGAUGGAGCGUGAGCUUCUGGAGCUAGAGAAAAUAAAACAACAGCGUUUUGCUGAAGAACUAGAGUGGGAGAGGCAAGAGAUUCAGAGAUUCCGGGAGCAGGAGCAGCUUCUAGUACAGAAAGAGUUAGAGGAGCUACAGGUCAUGAAGCAGCAGAUUCUGUGCCAGCAGGAAGAAGAGAGGCAAGCUCACCUCAUGAUGCAAAAAGAAACGUAUGCUCAGCAACAAGAGCAGUUGGAGCAGAUUCAGAGGCUCCAAGAGCAGCUUAGACAGCAACUGGAAGAGCAGAAAUACAGGCAAAUGUAUCCAGGUGAGAUCCAUGAGCAGACACAUGGUGUCAUUGUAGGGACUGACAAAAAAAUGGAUAGUGGCUGUCAGACAGAUGAAGAGGACAAUACAGACAAGGCCUAUACUGCAGGAAGAAAAAAGAAGAGUGCCAAGAAGAGUGUAGACAGCAGUGUACAGACAGAUGAUGAAGAUCAGGAUGAGUGGGAGGUUCCUGCUCGAGGGAGACGUAGUAGGUCACGAGGUGGUAAAUACAGCACAGGUGAGAGAAGUGGAGUUUCAGUGCAGGCUCUGACAGAAAUCUCUGUACAGACAGAUUCUUCAGGAACACUUAGAGGACAUACUGUGCAGACGGACACUAGGGUUGAUUAUCCUGACUCUGACAGAACUUCCUCCCCUAAAAGACGUCCUACCCCAUUAGAGAUUAGUCAGUCUCCACAUCUCAAAGCAGACACCUCCACUCUUCAGAUUGCUCCAGCUCCCCCUAAAUCCCCAAAAGUCCUCUACUCUCCAAUGUCUCCUUGUAUGUCCCCUAGCAAAUCCCUUGAGUUUGUGUCCUAUGAGAAAUCUCUUGGGGACACCAGCCCACAGAAAACACAUGGAGCAGACCCAUCCAGGGCACCCAAAGUCAUGCAACGGUCACUAUCUGAUCCCAAACCCAUGAGUCCAACUGCAGAGGAGAGAGCAGCUGCCAAUUUCCAGUACUCUGAGGGUUAUGCUGGUAAAGGAUCUCCAAGUGGCACUCCCUCUGGCACACAGAAGAAAGUGAAGAGAACUCUUCCUAACCCACCUUCAGAAGAGGAGGCUGCCAAUGCUGGCCAAACGCCAUAUAGCACCGCCUCCGCCCGUCGUCGUCUCUGCCGAAGCUCCAACAUGGCAAGGGCAAAAAUCUUGCAGGACAUUGACCGUGAACUGGACCUGGUGGAACGAGAGUCCUCCAAACUUCGCAAGAAGCAGGCAGAAUUGGAUGAAGAAGAGAAAGAGAUUGAUGCCAAACUGCGAUACCUAGAGAUGGGAAUCAACAGAAGGAAAGAGGCCUUACUCAAAGAAAGAGAGAAGAGGGAAAGGGCAUAUCUGCAAAGUGUUGCAGAGGAUCGUGACUACAUGUCUGACAGUGAGGUGAGCAACAUCCGUGAGACAAGGAGGGGUGGAGACGAAGAGGAGGUAGGUGGACAUGGACUUGAGAGACCACGCACUGCUCCACAGUCAGAACUUGAUGAGUUUGUUCCUCCACAGACCAAACAUGAGUAUGGCAAAUACUCCCAGUAUCAGUACCCACAGUAUCAGCAGUCUCUGUAUCAGUCUCAACAGCCCUACCAGUCUCAGUCAAUAUACUCCUCUGUGCCCUCUCUCACUGCCUCUCAGCAGCAGAGUUAUCACCAGAUGCUGCUAUUACAGCAGAAAGCCAGACAACAGGCUGCCCUUCUGUCUGAACUAGAUGCCACCAAAGUGUCAAGCAACUAUGAUACCUCAUCUUAUCUGGGAGGGAAGUAUGGAAAUCAUCUUGAUCUGCGUGGCCUGGAAGAACGUGGUGGCAGCAUAGUAGGAAGUCCAAUGUCCAAUGUGUCAGCAGACUCUUUCUAUGCUGACUUGGAUCAACACCCCCAAACGCCCAGAAGUUACCUGCUCUUAGAGGAUGCGGCUGAACUUGCUAAGAGCUCAACUGGCCUCUCAUCAACCAGCUAUGGAAUUGCUGAGAGGGAGCUAGCCAAAGCAGAGCGCCUACUAAGACGCACAGCAGCAGAUGUGGGCACAGACUUCCUUGGCAGCUCCUCAAGGCUUCAUUCCUAUGGUAAAACCCAAGAUGAUGAGGAUUCAAUGGAAGAACCAUAUGAGCUGAAGCUUCUAAAGCAGCAGCUGAAGCAGGAGUUUAGAAGGAGCACAGGCGGCACUGAGAGUUUAGAGCAGCUGGCUGGCCUCUCACAUCAUUAUACUCCUAGCACUGGUGUAACAGGAGGAGGCUAUAGGCCAUUCCCCAAGUCAGACAAAUACAGCAUAAGUAGAUUAACCCUGGAGAAGCAGGCAGCCAAACAGCUUCCAACAUCUAUGCUCUACCAGAAACACAAAAACGCCAGCAACAUUGGAAAAUACUCCUCCAUCCAGGACACUAGGGGCUUAGAGACAGACUAUAGCAGCUACCUGGGAUCCACUGGUUCCUCACCAAGAUCAAGCAGAUUACUACAGGAUGAAAUCACCUUUGGGCUUCGUAAGAACAUUGCAGAGCAGCAAAAGUACUUAGGCUCAACAGUAGGAGCCAAUCUCGCUGGUUCACUCAAUUUAGGUCAGAGUCUGAACCUGAGCCCAGGUGUGAGGACAUCUCUGGGGGAGGAUUCUGCUUAUCCCAGUGGGAGCCGAUCCCGGCCAUCCUCUAGACCUUCUUCUGUGUAUGGCCUAGACUUAUCUCUCAAAAGGGACACCUCCAGUUCUUCCCUGAGGCUCAAAGCAGAGGGUGACCCAUCUUCAGAUACUUCUGCAUAUCAGACACCAUCAGGUAGGAUGAAACCUACCAGUCUGCCUAUUGGCCAGGGUGGACGUGGGCGAAUCCCAAUCGUGGCACAAAACUCUGAGGAAGAGAGCCCACUGAGUCCGGUGGGUCAGCCGAUGGGUAUGGCACGGGCAUCUGCUGGUCCGCUCCCACCUAUAUCUGCCGACUCCCGCGACCAGUUUGGGUCUUGCCUCUCCCUCCAGGACCCCCAGCAACAGCACCUCAGGGAGGACUCUAGCAGAGGACGCAGCUACGUGCUCAUGGAUGACCUGCAGGGCACAAUGUCUGAUAGUGAAGCACUAAGUGAAUCCCUGGUGGGUUUGAACAGAGACGAUCCAGGAAACACACAUGAGAAUGUCACAGACGCCUACCACCUGCGUCGGGAGGAGACCGACUGGUUUGACAAGCCGCGAGAGGAUGGACAGGGACUGGAUAGGAGACAGAUGAAGUCUCAGCACUACCCCUUUCCUCAUGCAAGAGUGAAACUGCAGAGGGAUCCUAAAGACCGCAGUGUAUCAGGGAAUGGACUAGGCAUUCGUGUGGUGGGAGGUAAGGAGGUUCCGGGCAGCAAUGGGGAGAUCGGAGCAUAUGUGGCUAAAGUCUUACCCGGGGGAGCAGCAGAACAGACCGGAAAGAUCGUGGAAGGAAUGCAGGUCCUGGAAUGGAAUGGCAUCCCCCUGUCUAGCAAGACAUAUGAGGAGGUCCAGGGAUUGGUCAGUCAGCAGUGUGGAGAGGCGGAGCUAUGCGUCAGACUGGAUUUGAACAUGCUUUCAGAUUCAGAGGGCUCCCACUUGGACCUUCAUGAGCAGGCCAAAGCAGAACGUCCUCCACGUUCGCCAGGCGUGGACCCCAAGCAGCUAGCUGCGGAGCUGCAGAAGGUGUCUCAGCAACAGGUGCCCAGUUCCUCAGCCUCCUCUCUGACAGCAUUGGACAAAGGCUCAGCUUCAGGUGCCUCCAGUGCGGUGCCCAGCCCAGGGCAGCCUGGCUCACCUUCCAUCAGCAAGAAACGCCACAGCAAGACUUCAGAAGCUGCAAAGGCCCAGUCCCACCCGGUCACUGGAGAGAUCCAGCUUCAAAUCAAUUAUGACAAACAGCUGGGGAACCUCAUCGUUCACGUUCUCCAAGCUCGGAACCUGGCGCCCCGUGACAAUAACGGCUACUCAGAUCCCUUUGUAAAAGUCUACCUGCUACCUGGGAGAAGUCAGGUCAUGGUUGUGCAGAAUGCCAGUGCUGAGAACAAGAGAAGGUCCAAACAUGCCCAGAAGAGCUUGAACCCAGAGUGGAAUCAAACAGUCAUCUACAAGAAUAUCCACCUGGAACAGCUGAGAAAGAAGACACUGGAGGUCAGUGUGUGGGACUAUGACAAGUGCUCCUCCAACGACUUCCUGGGAGAGGUGCUGAUAGACCUGUCGAACACGGCUCAGCUGGAUAACGUGCCACGCUGGCUGCCACUGAAGGAACAGAGCGAGGGGGAGCACCACCGCCGCUCUCACUCGAGCCAGGGCCGCCAACACUCACCCAAACCACCCGCCGGACACUCGCCCAAAACCUCCGGCCACGGCGGCCAGGACUCACCCAAAUCCUCAGUCAUCAAGAGCCGCAGCCACGGCAUCUUCCCUGACCCUGCCAAGGACACGCAGGUUCCUACUAUUGAGAAAUCUCACAGUAGCCCCAGCACAUCGAAGCCAUCUCCUUCCGAGGGUCAAGCUCGUUCCCAUGGGACCCCCCGCGCUCACAGCAAAAGUGGCGCGGCCCGGGCACACCCUGAUGACGCCGCGGCAACGGCCGAAGCUGCCGGCCAACACCGCCUCCAACCAACCCAAAAUGGCCGCCUCUCCCUGAGGCACCACAGACACAGCGUAGUGGGCGUGCUCACCAUACAGAAAGCGGCGGCCAAUGAGAUCACUGAUGGCCGUCACCUGACCCUCCGCAAAGCCAUGUCGGAAGAGAGGCCACAGCUGGACGGAGCAUCCCGCAGCCAUAGAUCUGCUGAUGCCCCUGUUACUGCAGCCUCACUGGACAGCGGUCUGAGUGGCAGUGCAUUCAGCCUACUGGAAGAAGAGGGUGACACCAAUGCAGUGGACAGUGCCAUCUUCCAGGUUCCCAGAUUUGGAAAAAUUCCAAAUGGCACAGACGUUGUAAAGUCAUUACAUGGAGACACAGAGGGCAAAACUCAGGUGAUGGGGGAGAUAAAGAUUGCUCUGAAGAAGGAGAUGAAGACUGAAGGAGAGCACCUAGUGCUGGAGAUUCUUCAGUGCAGAAACAUCACCUACAAAUUCAAGUCUCCUGACCACCUGCCAGACCUGUAUGUGAAACUCUAUGUGGUGAACGUGGCCACUCAAAAGCGGAUCAUUAAGAAGAAAACUAGGGUGUGUCGCCACGACCGCGAACCAUCCUUCAACGAAACCUUCCGCUUCUGCAUGAACCCCACAGGACACUCCAUUCAGCUCUUCCUGGUUUCAAACGGGGGCAAGUUUGUGAAGAAGACUCUGAUUGGUGAGGCCUAUGUGUGGCUGGACAAGGUGGACCUUCGUAAGCGGGUGGUCAGCUGGCACAAACUGCUGGCCACUACGGCCCAGAUCCACUCCUAGAGGAAGCAUCAUGUAGAGAGAGCACCGGGCACUGUAGUUCCACCUCCCCAACACACUCUGUGAGUCUCGCAGGACAAGGCCAGGCUGGAGUACAGAAGGUGACGCAAAGAGAAUCACACGUGUCGCUCUCACUGAGGAAUUGUGGUAAUGUGAGCUGUGAGUAGAGGCAAUAGAGCCAAGAGAUGAGCUGCUUACAUGAGUGUUUCCUCCGUUUACAUGGAAGUGCCGGGGAGGCUCAAAAGUUAGUCGUAAAAAGAAAUAGAGCAACAAGGAUAUAAAGUCAGAUAUUUACACAUAUUUAUGCACAUGUACACUCAAACUCAAACACACACCAUUACACUCACCCACAAGGCUCAUGCACCCGUGUUUGUACACAUAUUUGUACCUACAUAUGUUGUCAAUGGGCCACAAAGGACUAGAGAUCAGGAUGGAAAUGUGUAUAUUUUGUUGGCUUUUAUCAUUAUAUUGCAUAUUUUUAACUUAUGACUGCCAAGUCCAGGUUCUGGAACUCCUCAUAUAAAAACUUCUGUAUCAGUACACUGUAUCACGCUUAGAAGAAGGUUAUGAUUAUGAUUGUUUGCAGAAGGAAGAUGAACACAUAUCUCAUAUAUUAUUUUUGUAUGAUAGAGUUAGAUUCAUUAUUAGAGACAUUUAUCACUAUACAUUUGUCCCCUAUCUCAGAUGUUAUAAUGUGUUAAAAGAACAGAUCAUUUCUGUGGAUUUAAAGUAUAUUUUAAGAUAUUUUAUAGCUAUAGAUUUAAAUGACUGAAAUAUGAUUUAUUGGAUGUUGUGGAAUGCUUUUGGCUGGUAUGUACUCAUAUUAUCUCACACGGAAAUAGCACUGACCUGCUUUAAUGGGACAUUCGAUCUGAAUUCGGUUGAGCUACAUUCCUCUUUAGAAACUAUUCUUUAGGGAUGGCACUGGCUUAUUGACUGAAUCUGACAUCUUACACAAUGGAGAAAUUUUUCAUUCUCAUUCAGGAAUCAGACAGAUCAGAUUUCUAAUUGGUUAAUUACUUUAUUUUUAUAGAUCAGUGUGGCCAUGGGAUGUUGCAAAUGUUUAAGUUAAACUGUUAAGUCCAGCAACAUUAAAAUAGAUGUUUUGCACUUUGUCUUUAGCAUGUCCUGAAUGUAAUGGUUGGUAGUGUUUGGUAAAAUUAUUUACUAAAAAUCC